UUAUGCUAUCUUCGUAUUAUGGCGGUGAUGGAGACUGUUGUUAUAGAGUGUUGUUUUGUGUAAACCAGGUUAUUUCUCAAAUUGUUUCAGUUUUGUAAAAUUAAAAAUGUAUUAGCGAAUUUUAUCCGGAAAAAAGUGAUUACUCUAAACACUAUAACAUUUACACUCCUUGGAGAUUGUAGCAAUGUCGGACCGAAGGUGCCUGAUUGCAAGUGAUGAGGAAGAUGAGGACGGAAAUCUGACUGAAAACGUGACUGGGAAAUCAGAAAUUGAAUUUGUUCCGCAGGGUGAAGUGAUUUAUCUGCCUGAAAACACUUCGCACUUCCAACCAGAGGAUGAGAGUAUAACAGAUCAGUAUGAAGUAGAAAGUGUAGAUAGAGAGUCUGGGAGUAGUUUGCGAAAAAGAGAUCAUUCAGAAGAUGGACGAAUAAGCAAUAAAAGAGUUUGUGCAACCAACAGUAAUCAAGUAAACAAGGUGUUGAUUUUACCUAUACCCAUGGAAAACCAGACAGAAGUAGUGCUGGGAUUAGCAGAUACCCCUAUUGUUCUGAGCGAUGAACAAGAAGUUGUGUUCAAUAAAAAUAGUCUAAAUAAACAAGGACAGAACAAUCAGAAGCAUUCUGUUGCCAUUAAGAAAGAAAUAAAUACUGGUAAAACAGAAUCGAGGAAGUAUUUUAAUAAUUUGAAAGCGGCAUCCUUGAUGCCUAUAGCACAAAAAACUAACAGCUCACCAUUUUAUGGAAAUAAAACUGCUAAAUAUGCUCGUCAAGCAACACCUAUUUGUGACGCCAUAAUGAAAGAAUAUUCUCGGAGACAAAAACAAAUGAAGAAUCGAGGCCAAAAUGCACCCGAUUUAAGCGAUUUACCAAUCAAAGAACUGAUUUUAAAAGCAAGUGAAAAGUCAGCAACAAAACCAGAAGAAAUAAAAAAAUUGGCAGAACAGUUUACAAAGAAAAUUGAAGAAAAGAAUAAGACAGGUCAAUCAUCCAAACAAGUGGGGAAAGUUAUUGAAGAGCCAAAUCGGGAUAAAACAGAUGUUUAUCCCUUGCUAAAUGACAAAGAAUUAAUAGUUGAAUAUGUUGAUCCCCUCUUGCCAGAUACUAAACAAGAUGAUGACAUCAAACCCGUUUUUGUUAGCACUAUUAGCAUUUCAGAUGACAUUAAGCCGGACAUCACAGAACAGUCGUUUGAUUUGAAGCCUUGUGUAGGUGAAACACAACCUAAAGCAGAUGUGAAACCAAUCAUUGUUAGUAAAAACUCUGCUAUUAAAGAAGUUACAGCACAAAAUCCAGUUCAACUACUUAAUCAACCAAGACGAAGAGGGAGACCUCAAAAGGUUUACCCUCUAGCUUCUGUAAAUGUGGCACAACCAGAAAUGUGUGUGGAACCUGUAAUUGUUAACUCAUUUAGUAUUUCUGAAGAACAGAUACCAUCUACACAAACAGAAAGAAUUGAAGUCAAAAAUGAACCUUGUGAAGAAAAGUCUUCUCAGUUAAGAGCUUAUACGGAUAAGAAAGUACCAGAACAAAACAAAUACAAUAUAAUUGAUAUUUCACAAGGGAAUGAUUCUUCACAAGAGAGCAACUCGUGUACUCCAAUAAUGACGCAAACAUCUGACGAUGAAAAACUUAAAAGAGAUCAUCCAUUAUCUGAUACCAAAUUGAUGUAUGUACAUAUACAUAGAAUUUCUGAAGAUUUCAUCCGUAAUAUGACAAGACGAGCGAAUGUGAACUCCUUAAGUCAAACCCAAUCAAAAGGCAACGUUAAAUCAAUAUUAAACACCGGUGAUUCAGGUCCACCCGUUACUGAAGAAGUGACAGUUAGACGUAAAAGAGGAAGGCCACGUAAAACUACUUCAACGGAACAUUCACAAAUUACUAGACGAUCCAACAAAACUGUGCCGUUAACAAGCUCAGAGCUAGAAUCUACAACUGAAUUUAAGAUUGAAACUGCAAUAUCACAUAAAAGUAUUGACAGUGUUAACAAUGAUGCAUUAAACGUUGCAGAACGUUUAAAAGUAUUUGCGAAUAACAUUGCAGACAAUAUUGUUUGUAAUAAUGAACCUGGUUCAGAUUUGGAUGGUGAAACAGAGAAGUUGCUUCAAACCACACAAGAACUACUCAAACUUCGAAAAUCAACAGAAAACGUUAACAAGCCUUUACUCUUUCCUAAAUAUCAAAGCCAGUUAAUUUCAAAAAUCUUUCCAGGCGUGCCGGAAUAUCCUCAUAACACUGAUGGUGAAAUUUCAACAGCAGAUGAAAACCUAUCUCGAAGUUUGGCUGUUCAAAAAAAGUGUUCAUUUAUAAUGGACUAUUUUACAUCUUAUCAAGAAGUAUUUGAUGAAAAAAUGUUCAAAGAUGUGAUGCCUCUUCUGUCUGAACUCUUGGAGUUGUGUUUGAAAGAUUUAAAUGAAGGUAUAUUAAAAAUUAAAUUUGCAGAAAAGAUUAAAUCACCUAGGGCAAAACAAAAGGAAAUAAAUCUUAUUAAGCAAUGGUAUUCAAGUGUAAUAUUAGACCAUGGAAAGAAAUUUUAUUCAUGGUUCAAUACAAUUGUGUAUAAGAUUGCAAAAACAAAAACUAGUAAGGCACUUCUGGUCACAUUUAUCUUCUUUCUAUCAGGAUCAUUGCCUACACAAGAACCCAACUGUAAAGAACAAAUCCACCGAAUUAGGAGAAUGAUUAUGCUUAUAUCACAAGUCCUAAAGGAAAAAAAUCCUUUGAUUUUGGAGGUACUGAAUACAUCAAAUGAUAAAUAUGAAGAUGAGCUGAGACUUAUUAUUCAAAUAUUGAAAUACUUUGAUAGGCGGAAAUUUGUUUUAGUUCCAGAAAAUCUUCUCAGUUACUACACUGAAGAAAAAUUUAUAGUUGAAAAUCGUUGUUCUAAUGAAUUGACUCUCACAUCAGAUAUUAUUUCUGAAUCCCUAAAUAGCUCGCCUGUUAAGAGUAAUAAUUCUCCAGUUACGUUCUGUGAAUCAGUAUCAAGUGAUCGGGUUGAUAACGAUAAGACAUCCUCAGUCAAUGCUCCAACCUCAUCCAAAUCUGUGAACCAGUCUCGUAAUCUUGCAGAAAUUGCUGCUCAAUUCAUAGAAGCUUUACACUCAGAAAGUCAGUAUCAUUCAAAAAGAAUAGAAGAAAAACUUGAUCACAUUUUGAACGUUCUGAGUGGCAACUUGGAAGCUCUAGGAAGUAAUUGUGUUUCAUCAAAACCAUCUCGUGGAGUUGAUAAUAGAACUUCUAACUGUGGAUCCUCUUCAAAUGUUUCUUUAGUUUACAGUCCACCCACAGUUAAGGAAGACCUCCCAGUCGUACAGUUAGUUGAAAACAAAGUGUCGUUACCAUCUCAUUCGUCAGAAGAAAGCCAAUCAAUUUUGACUAAAUUUCUUGAGAAUGAUCAUGCGGGUUUAGACAGUUUAUUUGAGUCCUAUGAAAAAUUCAUAGGAUCAGAAUCGGUACACGUCAAAUCUGAAAAUCUGGAUAUUGAUGAUGCAUCUGACAGCCACGUUUCUCCGCAGUACCAGAAGCCAGAUGAUCUCAAUGUUCGAUCCAGUCAUUUCAUUAGUGUAAAGGAAGAACCCAACCAAAGUGAAGAUUGUGAUGUUUACUCAACAUCUUUGAGGUGAGCACCGUCCGUCAACAUACUAAAGCCACACUGGUCUUCUCCAGAAAAUUUUGUUAAGUUUUUAAAUUGAUCUAAAGUGAAUUUCACUCUAUGAACUUGUUAGGCUAAAUAAAUACUUAUUUGCCUUAAGUCGAAUGUACUAUUCAUACUAUUAGAUGUAAUUAACUAGUCUCUGAUUAUGUGUUGUCAGUCAAAAAUUGUUUGUUAGUCAAAAAUGUACUAAAUUUAAACAUAGUUUUAUAACAUUAUAUAAACUACUAUACUGUAUACAUGUAUAACUUCAAAGUUGGCUGUCAAUUGAGUUGCUGAUCAACACUACAAUUUCUAUCUGUUUAUUUCUUCCAAGUAUUUUCAAAAGAGAAAUCCAAAACUGUACUAGUAGUAUAAUUUGAAGCAACGACACUUCCAGGCUCUUACACAUUAGAUUGAACUAUUACAACCAUUGCAAGCAAAUCAUUUAAAAUCUGAAUUAAAACGUCAAGCAUAUUUCUUAGACCAUCUGUUGAAUCUUUCUCAUUUUAAGAUAUUUAGAUCCGUACGUGUGUAAAUGUCCCUUAGGACAUAAAGGGAUUGUGAGGAACGGUAGAUGCUUGUGCAACUGUUUACUUGAAUAUCCUAAUUGUGAAUCAUUUUUUAAGGUCAGUUAUAUAAAAGUUGCUGCUGUGAACGAUCCAAGCUGUUUUACAGUUGUUCAUAACAUUUCAUUAUCAUUAAGAAGAAGCCUUGUAGAGCGAAAGUAAAGUAUACUUUGGAAUCCUUGUGAACGAAGGGUGAACAUAGCACCGUUAUCUUUGAAUUAGACUUGGCCUCAGUUCUUAGACUUGGCCUCAGUUCUUACACUACUAGCUGUCAAAGUCACACACACCACACUUUGUUGGAUGUGUAUUGGAUUGUAUUGACCAGGAGUUCCACAUGAAAGUCUAAUACACUAUUUUGAGACCAGCAUUGUACCACUGUUUGUAUGAAUUAACUGUUAGUGUAUCAUCACAGACUUAAAUUUCAAAAUGGUGCAUGAAAGGUACUUCCUUUCUUCUAUCAUUGCGGUUGUGUACAUAAUAUCGUCCAUGUUACCUCACCAUUCGGGCGCACUAUUGAUUAAAUUCACUUGAUUAUAGAACAUUAAUCGAAGAGCUGAAAUGGAUAUCUAAGUAGAGUUAAUGAGCUGUGACUGUAGUCCUAUAUAUUAAUUUAAACAAACUCUCCAAUAAUAUAAGUUUUUAUUUUUGUUUUUGUGAGGCCUUUUGUACUCAAUGAGAACUUCUUCGGACCCACAUAGCUGAAUAAAAGUAAUAAUAACAUAAACAGUUUUGUACUAAAUAAAAACAUAUGUCAUUAAAAAUACAAAGAGAUAAUAUUCUAUGACAGGACAGUACCGUAUGUUAUAUGUAUAUAUAUAAAAAAAAUAAAGUUGAUAUUUAGUUAGAUCAAAUAAAGUAACUGUGAAUUUUGAAAACACCCAGGUUUGUUGUUUACUAGAUUAUUUUGGUUCUUCUUUUAAUAAUUUUGCAUUUGAAAAAGAGUGUCCAGUUUGAAGUUCAUGUUUUGCCAUGGCUGAUCUUUCUUCUUGUUGGUAUUUUAAACAUGCCUUAUGUUCCUUAGCUCUCUGUAAGAGACCGUCAUCUUAUGUUUAAAUUAAUAUAUAAUCUCCAAUAAGAAAAGUGCAUCAAGAAUGUAGUCUUAUAGUUAUUAAAUAAAUGGUUUGUCCUAACAAGUUAAUAUUCUUUACUUUGUAAUUUAUUGGUCAUACACAUUUAAACAAAUUUUUAAUCUAAUUAUUUAAAACACAAUAGAGUUCUUUUACUACAGUGAAACAUUGUACUUAAGAGCUAGACAAUAGACAAUGGACAAACUUCUUUAUUAGCAUAUUCAUCAAGAA